AUGGCUCCGUCCUCCACAAAGAGAACGCAGCAGGCGAAUAACAAGAAGUGUCGGUUGUCAACCAAGUCCAACACACCAGAGACAACCUCCACCUGUAGAUCAAAGAGCAGCAACGAGAAGCCCAAGACAACGACCACAACGACGACUGCUGCUGCACAGACCAAGAAGCACAAGACAUCAACGACAACAACAACAACAACUGCUGCUGCUAAGACCAAGAAGCACAAGACAACAACCACAUCUUCGCCAUCCAACAUGCCUUUCAACUUGACAACCAAACAACAUCAAUGA